AUGAAGAGGAACAAGCAGAUCGACAUUAAGGGUGCUCUAGCCCUCGCCAGCACCUUCCACUUCCUGUAUUCUUGUGCCAGAGCCUGCAUCCUCCCCUUCCUCACCCUGUACCUCAGAUACCUGGGCCUCACUCCCUCCAUGACGGGCCUUCUCAUGAGCACCAAGCAUCUCAUCUCCCUGGUCUGGAGCCCUCUGGCCAGCUUUCUGUCCAAACACUACAACAAGAGGAGGGCAGUGAUUACAGGGUCUAUGGUCUGUUCAGCAGGGGCAGCCCUCAUCCUCAUGCUCAUCCCAUCCACAGGCGUCGAGACGCUGACCAGUCACUGCAACAUCUCUCACCUCAGUGUGAGCCCCACUGAAGAGCUGAGUGACUAUGUGCGUGUUGUUGGCAGUGUAAUGUCUACCACCCACACUACCAUUGUGUCCCAGUCAGCAACACAUGAAUCUUCACCUACAGAGACAACCAUUGACACUGUGUCUUCCACUGUUUCAAUGAGCAAAGCCACAACCUACACACUUCAGCUGCAACAUUCCAACAAUGUGAUUUCUCAGUGGUCACACGUGAAUGUAUCUGUGGCCAACCACAGUAAAGGAGGGAAGAGAAAUGUCUUAGAGUCCCACCACGGUGCCUCCAAGACUUCGCCCACAGUGAGGAGGGUUAGCAGGUCAGCAGAAAAGGAGAAGCAGAGGGAGAAGGAUGAGGCCCGCUUCGAGUUCCUGGACAGCCUCAAAGUUAUGGACGUCCAGCACCAGCUCUUCUUCAUGCUCCUCAUCGUGGUGUCGAUAUGGGAGCUGAUGGCCGCCCCUCUGGAAUGGACAGUGGACGAUGGGCUCUAUGAGUAUUUAGAUUUUGUGGAUGCGUCUGAUCGCUAUAGUAGUACAGGAGUGUGGGGGUUGCUUGGGGCUGUGUGUGGGGUGAGUGGUGCAGGACUGCUGGUGAGCCACCUGGACUGCCUCAUUGGCUCACACACACCCAGGGAAGCUGUCCACUUCUACUCCUAUGCAGCUGUGACAACACUGGCCGUGCCUGUGGUGGCCUUCUUGCCCCUCUACCUAAACAAGAAACGUAGUCGCUCCACUGGGCUCUUUAAAGCUUUACAGCUGGUGCGAGGGGACCUCCGUGCCCUGCUGUGUGCUGCCACUGCCUUCCUAAUAGGGCUGGCGGGGUCUGCGGUGGAUGACUUACUGCUGUGGCAGAUGCAGGACUAUGGGAGCAGCGAGCUGCACAUGGGCCUCUCUUUAGCCGUAGCGUUGCUCUCCCGGGCCGCCUUCCCUCUGCUGAGUGGUCGGGUGUCGAAGCUCCUGAGCCCAGGCAGGGUGCUGCUGGUGGGGACGGCCUGCCUGGCCCUGUAGUGCCUCUACUACUCCUUCCUGUGGGGCCCAUGGGCUGCAAUACCUGUCCAGGUGCUGAGCUGCUUCAGCAGUGGCUCCCUCUGGUGGGCAGUGCAAGUCCAGUGCGAGGACGUGACCACGCCGGGCACAGAGAGGAGCGUGAGGAGGGUCUACCAGGCCCUCUCUCUGGACCUGGGGGCAGGGCUGGGCAGCAUGGCCGGGGGGUGUGUUGUCCACAGGUUUGGGGUAUAUGUGCUAUUCAGAGGGGUAGCGGUGAUGCUGCUCCUGUGGUGCCUGUUUCUACCCCUGCUCCAGUGGAAAGCCCCACGCCAACGCAGGAUCAACUACUCCCGCCUCCUCGCUGCUGACACCAGUGAAGUGAGCGAAUCAGAGUCGGAGCAGGAGACAGACUGGCUGGAGAAAGCCAUGGAGGAUGACGAGCAAUAA